AUAUGACAGAGUGCCGUUCAAGUCACAAGAUGUUUUUGACACAAAACAUAUCAGUUAUAAAACACUUUAGGACAACUUGAGGUAAACUGAACAUAAAUUUGAACCGUCGAGACCAAUUUGGUGCACAGGUGCAGAAAUAUCUUCUGAAGUGAUUCAUUUUGGUAAGUCUAAUUUUAUAGUUGUUGUAUUAUAAAAAAGAUAAAGACUGACCACCAAUAUCUUCAAAUCUUGAUAGCUCAACGGCUAUAGCGGUGUACUAUAGACCAUGCACUUAAAGUAGCGAGUUAUAUGUCCUGUACAUUUAAAAGAAAAACUCACGACCAAUCUCUGCAGGCUUGACUCAUGAGAUAUGGCGGGUACUAUAAUCCAGAAGUUAAGAAUUUAAGUCUCGAGUACUUACAAACGAUAAGGGGUUAUGGAUAAUAGCAGGCCUAAUUGCCCAACAAGAACGCCAGAUUUCUGAUUUCUCGUUUAUUUGUUUAUUCAUUUAUACCCGCCACCUUGCUUUCACCAUGAUAAUAUUAUUAUAUAGGCACAAUUCGUUUACUCUACAUACUGUAGUUCAAGGUAGGGAAUCCGCAAGUUGGCUAUAAGCCAAUUACUGCGGACCCAAUCAAUAUUAUAGAUACAAACAAGGUUACUAAAUUACUGUAAUGAUAAAUUCUAAAACGAUAAUACAUUACACUUCGAAUACAAGCACCACGACAAUGACAUUGGCAGAUUUCGGAGAAACUUACACUUUACACAAGUAGUUUUAUAACUACGCGGAUCAUCAACAUUAUAGCAUGAGUACAAAGACGAAACAUAAUACUUGGACACUAUUGACUUAAACGAAGAAAGAGUGUUUGUCUUCAUCUUCAGUUCAUCAACAAGUUAUUUCGAUAUCCGACUAGUCCUACCGAUACAGGAUCGUUGAUAGGUUGAAGUUUUACAUUUCGGAACUAUGAAUCAGUGCUGUUGGCAUAAAUCAUAUCAACAAAAAUAUGAUGCUUCAAGCGUUAAGCUUUCAUAUCAAAGACACAAAAUCUAUUCUGUUCCUUCGCGUUUGAGCAGAAUGUGAAAAUUGCUAGUAUUUAUUUGCAUGCAUGUGAACUUCAACAUAAUUCUUGACUAUUUCGACGGCAUUAUUUUUUAAUGCAAUUAACUCGAACCAACCAGGAAAUGCUAUUUCAUCAAAUACAUAAACUCAAAAGUACAUUCAGUUUAAUGAAAUCCAAUUUUAUGAUGAGAUAGUUGCGUGUAACAAGCCUAACAAGAAUACCGACUGCUUUAUUCAAAUAUUGCAUGUAUCCCCUAUAAAGUCAUAUUGAGAGCAGCAAGUUCACCUUGGAAAAAAUGGAAGCUAACUUAGCAUUGCCAACUAACUAAGUGAUUGAAGAGCAACUGAAACACGCACAUCAAUUAACAAUUUCGACACUAUAAUACCUUUUGUUUGUGGAAACACCUCGUAAAUUUAUUACUGCAAAGCUUUCGAUCCUUUUGCCCGGAUCUUCAUCAUUGCUAAUAAUAUGUGACUUGUUCAAUUCACACGCCCCUUUUUCUAAAAAGGGGAAUAUUACGCAUGCGCACUUCUUUGCUGCGAAAAGUUGUCACGAGCUGUUUGCCGCACACUAGGAGUUUUUGUCACGAAUGGCAGAAAAUAUCAAACAUGUUUAAAGCCUGCAAAUUAAUGCCAUUCAUCGGACAUUGUCCGGCCAAAUUUUACAUUUUGUCCGAUCAAAGCCUUUUGUGACCGGACAUGUGACCGACUGAUUUAGGCUGGUCAAAUCUCCAAUCUCAAAAAAGUUUAUUUAAUUAUAAGUGCAUCCAUCAUAAUAGUGCGAUAGUUUAUAAAUGUAUAGACUAUAGAAUAAUGUAACAAAUGUUGUAUGGCAAAUGCAUUUUUAGCCAAUCUGGGACAUCUGAUUUUCAAAAUUUUCUGGGGGAGCAUGCAUGGAUCCCCCUGAUAGUGCUCCCCUAGUAGUGCCCUCUUUUGGAAUCUGUAUUUACCUUGGGAUCAGACCCUUGAUGCAUGUUAUAAAAAUUAACUUUGUUAUUUUUUAAGAUUCUCAGUGCACUGAAAUAAUUUUUUUCUGUAAAAUAUAGCAUUACAUCUAGUUUGACAACUUGUUAGUGUCACAGUCACAGUGUUCGAGUGUCAAUUAACUUAAUUAUUUGCAGAAAAUUUUCAGUGUUCUCUUGCGGUCCCAGAAAGUAAAAUAUUUUUUCCACUCCUGUAUAAUUUACUGAUGCAUUAGGACUGGUAGGUAUAUAUACACUCAGUUUUAGAUGCAUUCCACUGCGGACUAACAUGACCAGGCAAAAAGCUUCGUGCUAGUUUUUUAAAAAAAUAUGAAACAUUUUACUUUGUUUGUUGUCCGAGAAAAAGUGAUAAAUGUCCGACCAGUUUUUGGCUUGGCCAAACAUUUGUCCUUCCAAGUAAAAUCAUGAUUUGCAGACCUGUUUUGAUAUUUGUUGUUCACGACACGAGUGACAAAAAUCUAGCAUAUUUUCCCCGCACACUAGGAUUUUUGUCGCACGUAAUUGGCCACGAACGACAAGUGUGCGUUUACACUAGUGUGUUCCAGGCUUAAGUUGUUACGACAAAUACUCGUUCCUCUGUAGUCAUUUGAACCAUUCUUACUCGAACUGACGGUAUAAGACGAAUUUGUAAUUUCACAUUCUUCUGUUGCUGUUCGUUUUAGAAGCUAUUAUACCUUGUGUAAGUCGAGAAAAUCAAAGUUAAAGUUUAUGUACAGGUAAAUCAAGGGAAAUCUCUAUUACAUUUUAAGAUACGACACGCUUAUGGUUUUUCUUUGUGUUUUCCUCAUGAAUUAUUAAUGAGUUUUUUUAACGUCAUUUAAAAAAGGAUUUUUAUUGAUUGGUUAUUGAUGUGUAUAUUCGAUGUGUACAUACGAACAAAAUCUGAUAAUUUGGAUCUGCACAAACUGAAGCCAUAUAAAAAAAACACUAACGACUAUAUAUUUUGGGCUAUAAUUUAGAAGUUCGUCAAUAAUAUAACAAGAAUGUCAUCUCUUAUACCAUGGGGAAACGAAGAGGAACGGAACUAUUGUUGUAUGCGAAAAAUUGUAAGUGAUCUUAUGAGUAAAGAAUUGAGGAAAAUAUUUAAACAAGAGUGGAACAGCCGUUAUCAGGCCAGGAUGGGUGGAUGGGAUGACACCAACGCAAGUGGCAACCAGUUGUUUCAUCUGGAAAAGAAAUCACGAUCAGUACCAAACAAUUACCUGGCAAAAUUUCAACACGGGGACACAAAUCAGUGGGAUUGUACUGUGCUUUUUUCUGCAAUUCUUCACUCCAACUCAAUUGGUCGGGCAAGACUUAAUCCAACCAUACAAAGCGAAGUCAACAAUCUAAGAGAAAUACGAAAUGAGAUUAUGCAUAUUGCUGAAGGAAAACUCUCCAAUUGUGACUUUCAAACCAUGACUACUCGUGUUCAAAAUGCAUUUAACACCCUAGGACUUGCCGUCAAUGAAAUCAAUAGGAUUAUAACUGAGAAAAACGUUUACACAUCGUUUCAAGUUCUACCUGUAAAGCCAUCUCAUGAGGUUGUUUACCGAUCUGAGAAAAUAAAACAAGCAAGUCAAGAUCUUCAAAAGCUGUCCAAUGAUAACAAUGGGGAACUUACAUAUUUCUAUAUUUGUGGAAACCCCGGCAGCGGAAAAUCUCAACUCGCCAGACAAGUUUGUGAGGAUAUUUACCAAGGAAUAAAUUGGCAAACGGAAACAACAUUUUUCAUGACAUUAGACGGAAAAAGUUUAGAUUCUCUUCUCUACUCGUAUGAAGAUUUUUGUCGUCGUCUUAACUGCAGUGAAAGUGUAUUGAAAAAUAUUAUAAAUUCAUCGAAGCCAAAAGAUGAAAAAAUCAAAGAUUUAAGAUCACAAAUAACCACUAGGAUUAAAAUUGGAAGAGGUGGUGGGUUAUAGUUGACAAUGUGGAAAAUCUCGCGAACAUUGCCCCUUUAUUGCCACAGAUGGGUGACAGAGUUUGGAAUAAUGGCCAAAUUAUAUUAACCACACAAAACAGAACUUCUGUCCCACCUGACAGUUUGUUCACUAAACAUAUUUCUAUCAGUCUUGGAAUGAAUGACCAAGAAUGUCGCCAGCUUCUGGCCUUAUUAUCAAGAACUGAUGGAAAUGAUCCGUUGUUAGAUGAAGUUGCAGAGAAGUUAGAUCGCCAACCUUUGGCAAUGGCCGCGGCGGCCGUGUACAUGAGACAAGUCGUCGAGUCAAAUCGUUGUCCUGAUUUUUCGUGGGACGAUUAUUUAGGAAAGUUAGAAAAAAGGAAAAGAACACGGACAGAAGAAUGCCUUCUCCAGACAAAUUCAGCAUAUUCGUCUACCAUGUCAACAGCUGUUUUUUUAGCUGUUCAAAAAUGUGCAGAAAGUAGUUUCAUUUUGAAUCAUACAUUCCACUUUUUCUCGUUAAUCUCUUUUCAGCUACUGCCACUCGAUCUUAUUGUCCAGUAUAUUCAGCAGAAAGAUAAAGAUCUAGAUGUGGAAGAUAUCUCUCUUGCAAUAAAACACUGUUCUUUGUUCCUUCCUGCUGAAAAUGAAGGAAGUGAUAUCCGGCUUCAUGGUGUUGUUCAUGAAGCAAUAAAAUCAUUUUCUCCCUCCAGUGUUGAAAGCCCAAUUUAUCACGUUGUAAAAGCUCUUUAUUACUUCAAGGAAAGAGAAGAUCAAAUCAAACUGAUUCCACAUUUGAAAGCAUUUUAUACAGGAAUUAAAAAAAUAUUUCCAGAACAUGACGCAUUAAAUUCAAUAAGUACAAGCUUUGAAAAAACUGAAAUUUCCGAAAUAUACCUGUUUUUUGGCAGAACUUUGCGUUACUAUUGCGAUUUUGAACUCUCAAAGGAAUUUCAAAAUUCAAACCUUCAGAUGUGGAAUUGCUCAAAAGAUGAAAUUCUUGUAUCGGAUAUAUACGCCGAGCUGGGUUUAUUACACAACGAGUUAGGUGAACUGACAGAAGCAAAACAUUCUCAGCAUUUGGCGCUAGAAAUUAGAAAAGAAAAAUUGGGUCAACACCAUAUUAAGGUUGCUGAUUCAUACAGGAACCUUGGCCAAGUGUGUUAUGUUUCAGGUGAACUGAAAAAAGCAGAGGAUUAUUAUAAACGGGCACUGGAAAUUCAAAAAGAGCAAUUGGGUCCGAAUCAUAUUGAUUUUGCUCAGACCUACAACAACCUUGGUGAACUAUACCUAGAUACAUAUCACCUGGGAAGAGCCAAGGAUUAUUACGAGCGUGCACUAGAAAUUCAAAAAGUACAAUUAGGUCCAAACCAUGUUGAUGUGAGUAAGACCUACAACAACCUUGGGGAAGUUUACCAUGAAAAACGCGACCUGGAAAAAGCUAUGAGUUAUUAUCAACUGUCACUCGAAAAUAAAAAACAACAAUUAGGUUCACACCAUAUUGAGGUUGCUGUUUCUUAUGGCAACCUUGGUAGAGUGUAUCAAGAUAAAGGUGACCUAGGAAAAGCACUGGAUUACUACGAACGUGCACUCGAAAUUGAAAAAGGAAAAUUAGGUCCAAGCCAUUAUAAAGUUUCCAAUUGUUACUGCGACCUUGGUGAGUUGUAUCGAGAUAAAGGUGACAUAAAAAAAGCUAUGGAUUAUUAUCAACGAGCGCUGGAAAUUAAAAAACAGCAGUUAGGUCCAAACCAUGACAGCGUUGCAGGGACUUACAGUCUCCUCGGUAGAACGUGUCGUGAGAAUGGUGAAGUAGAAAAAGCAAAAGCUUAUUUUGAAUGGGCACAUGAAAUUCUAAGAGGGCAAUUCGGUCUAAACCAUCAAUAUGUUGCUGAUUCUUACUGCAACCUUGGUGACGUGUAUUAUCAGAAAGGUAACCUCGGGAAAGCUAAGGAUUAUUAUGAGCGGGCACUGGAAAUUCGAAAACAACAACUAGGUUCAAACCAUCUUGAUGUUGCUGACGCAAACGACAACCUUGGUGAAGUAUGCGAAGAUGCAGGUGACCUGGAAAAAGCUAAGGAUUAUUAUGAACGGGCGCUGGAAAUUCGAAAAGAACAAUUAGGUCCAAACCAUGUUGCUGUUGCUGAGUCAAACGACAACCUUGGCGAUGUGUAUUGGAACAAAGGUGACCUUGAGAAAGCUAGGGAUUACUAUGAGCGGGCACUGGAAAUUGAAAAAGAACAAUUAGGUCCAAACCAUGUUCAUGUUGCUUACUCAAACGACAACCUUGGUGAAGUAUGCCAAGAUGCAGGUGACCUGGAAAAAGCUAAGGAUUAUUAUGAACGGGCGCUGGAAAUUCGAAAAGAACAAUUAGGUCCAAACCAUGUUGCCGUCGCUGACUCUUACAUCGGCCUUGGCAAUGUGUAUCGGAACAAAGGUGACCUGGAGAAAGCUAGGGAUUACUAUGAGCGGGCGCUGGAAAUUGUAAAAGAACAAUUAGGUCCAAACCAUGUUGAUGUUGCUGACUCAAACGACAACCUUGGCGAAGUAUGCCAAUAUGCAGGUGAUCUGGAAAAAGCAAAGGAUUACUAUGAACGGGCACUGGAAAUUCGAAAAGAACAAUUAGGUGCAAACCAUGUUGAUGUUGUUAGGUCUUACAACACCCUUGGUGGAUUGUGCAAACAUGCAGGUGACCUGGAAAAAGCAAAGGAUUACUAUGAACGGGCACUGGAAAUUCGAAAAGGACAAUUAGGUCCAAACCAUGUUGAUGUUGCUGACUCAAACGACAACCUUGGCGAAGUAUGCCAAAAUGCAGGUGACCUGGAAAAAGCUAAGGGUUAUUAUGAACGGGCACUGGAAAUUCGAAAAGAACAAUUAGGUUCAAACCAUGUUGAUGUUGCUUACUCAAACGACAACCUUGGUCAAGUAUGCCAAAAUGCAGGUGACCUGGAAAAAGCUAGGGAGUAUUAUGAACGGGGGCUGGAAAUUCGAAAAGAACAAUUAGGUCCAAACCAUGUUGCCGUCGCUGACUCUUACAUCGGCCUUGGCAAUGUGUAUCGGAACAAAGGUGACCUGGAGAAAGCUAGGGAUUACUAUGAGCGGGCGCUGGAAAUUGUAAAAGAACAAUUAGGUCCAAACCAUGUUGAUGUUGCUGACUCAAACGACAACCUUGGCGAAGUAUGCCAAAAUGCAGGUGACCUGGAAAAAGCUAAGGGUUAUUAUGAACGGGCACUGGAAAUUCGAAAAGAACAAUUAGGUCCAAACCAUGUUGAUGUUGCUGACUCAAACGACAACCUUGGCGAAGUAUGCCAAUAUGCAGGUGAUCUGGAAAAAGCAAAGGAUUACUAUGAACGGGCACUGGAAAUUCGAAAAGAACAAUUAGGUCCAAACCAUGUUGCCGUUGCUGACUCUUACAUCUGCCUUGGCAAUGUGUAUCGGAACAAAGGUGACCUGGAGAAAGCUAGGGAUUACUAUGAGCGGGCACUGGAAAUUCUAAAAGAACAAUUAGGUCCAAACCAUGUUGAUGUUGCUGACUCAAACGACAACCUUGGUGAAGUAUGCCAAGAUGCAGGUGACCUGGAAAAAGCAAAGGAUUACUAUGAACGGGCACUGGAAAUUCGAAAAGAACAAUUUGGUGCUAACCAUGUUGAUGUUGUUAGGUCUUACAACACCCUUGGUGGAUUGUGCAAACAUGCAGGUGACCUGGAAAAAGCAAAGGAUUACUAUGAACGGGCACUGGAAAUUCGAAAAGAACAAUUAGGUCCAAACCAUGUUGAUGUUGCUGACUCAAACGACAACGUUGGUGAAGUAUGCCAAGAUGCAGGUGACCUGGAAAAAGCAAAGGAUUACUAUGAACGGGCACUGGAAAUUCGAAAAGAACAAUUAGGUCCAAACCAUGUUGAUGUUGCUGACUCAAACGACAACCUUGGCGAAGUAUGCCAAAAUGCAGGUGACCUGGAAAAAGCUAAGGGUUAUUAUGAACGGGCACUGGAAAUUCGAAAAGAACAAUUAGGUCCAAACCAUGUUGAUGUUGCCAACUCAAACGACAGACUUCGUAGAUUGUGCGAAGGUGCAAGUGUCCUGGAAAAAGCUAAGGAUGAUGAUGAGCAGGUACUCGAGAUUCGAAAAGAACAAUUAGGUGCCAGCCAUGUUGAUGUUGCCGACGACAAGCUUGGUGAAGUAUGCCAUGACACAGGUGAGCUGGAAAAGGGUAAGGAUUAUUGUGAACGGGCACUGGAAUUUCGAAAAGAAUAAUUAGGUCCAAAACAUAUUGAUGUUGCUGAGUGAUAGAACAAGCUUGCUAACGUUUUUCGUAAUACAGUUGAUAUGGAGAAAGCUAAUUCAAAUUCUAAACAUUUUUUAUAGUAUUACACCGAAAAUUUUCCCCCUUGCAUGCAAUCACGUUCAACUGUUGGAGUAUUUUUAUACAUGUGUAAAUGUCUCGAGUGUAAAUGUUCUAGGCUACAUAACCGGGAGCAGCUGUUUAAAAAUGCAACUUAGAGAAGCGGCGAAAUAUCUCUGCCUAUAAUUGCAUUUUUCACGACCGCUCCUGGUUAGGUCGAAACCGUUUAUAUUCAAGAUUUUCCAUUUGGAAAAAAAACUCUCUGAAAUUUAGUUCUAUCGAGUGAGGUGCUUAAAAUCGUGGGCGUACAUAAAGAUUUAUGAAUUUACUUGUGAAAAUCGUAAAAAAUUCUAAUAACUGGAGAAAAUUUCUUGUAUUUGUGAUUUUUAAUGUUACGCAAUUUUUAAUAUUUGAUACUGAAAAUUUUCACCAUGCUUGGAAUUCCCUUUGCAAAACACUUUAAGUUCGCCGUGUAUAUAAUUUUCCCUUGAGUGCUAAGUCCUAGCCGUUGUUUAUAUAUCGGCAAGGUAUUAGUAAUAACAUUUUGAAACUAAGUAUUGCGAUUAUCAGAACCGCAUAUUCCUUUGGUUCGAUGCUUUGAUGUCUUUUUACCAAGUUUAAAAAAAUUGUUUUAAAUUAACAUAUUCAGAUCUAAAUACCAGCUUACUGCACGCCAACGUCUCUUUAAAAUGCCCAUUAAGUGAUUUCAGCAAAUUUACAUUGUUACGUACUAUUUCUAGCAAAUACAGAAAUCAAGCACGAACAUGAAGAAACCAAACGGGAACAUAAUGAUGCCCAUGAAGAUGAAUGCUACAACUGGUUUAAAGAUACUUUUCUGAACUCUAAACGCAAGCUGAAAAAAGAAAUUUAUGAAAAACUAAGAAGGUAUAUUUUAUGUUAUCAACUUUACGUACUAUUUAAAACACGAGUGGCAGUGUUUUAUUACGUAUUAAAAACCCAACACGCAGUCGAGUGUCUUGUACUGAUAAAACGCACUCUACGACAGGUUUAAAAGGCUUAAAAACAACCCAUCGUAUGAGUUCAUUGGUGAAGUAAUUUUAAAACUAAACGUUAUCUUAGCCGAGAAAAUCAAAGCUGAGGUUUAUGUAAAUGAACAUGAUUUUUUAUCACAUAUAAAGCCACCGACACGACAGUGAUUUCUUUUGUAUUUUCCUCAUGGAUUAUUAAUGCUUUUUUUUCUAAUAUCAUUUUACCAGUGUUCGUAGACAUGAUUUUUAUAUACUAAGAUAAAUAAUAUAUAUAUAUACUAGAUAAGGAAAAGUCAGAAGUAAUUCUGCAAAUCAUCGAAAUGAAUAAAUGACGCGUUGAACCUGUUCCUGACGAGUCAUUUUUCUAUAUUACAAGUUUUCUUAAACAUUUCCAUUUCAGAUGUUCUGUUUUCUCGUCUUUAUAGUAACCUUUGCUAAGUGUUCUAUGCACGACAAGUAUACAGUAUUGUCCAAAAGCAAGCAUAUUAGAAAUUGAGUUUUGAACAAGUGCAUUUACAUGUAUCCACAGAAAAAAUUGGCAAAGUACACAUUUUUCCUGUCAAAGAACAUUUGACAAAGUAAUUUCAGCACUUGGAUUCGGUUUGAACAGCGAUAUGUUGAUGUAAUAGCUAUAAUGGCGCCCAGAAAACCAAAAACAGUUUUUUUGUAGAAAAUUUGCUUACUUUACAUACAUGCACUUGUGCAGACGGCUAAUAAAACUUGCCAUAUGAAAACUUGUGUUAGAAAAUUGACUUGCUCAUCUGUAAUCGGCUGUAGAGAGUAAAUACCACAUAGAAAGGCACUGUAUUUUUAUGAAAGAAAAAUGAAAGAUUAACUUGGCCGCUUACUUAUAAAACAUUUUUUAUAUAGUUUUCCAUGGUUGUAUGGAGCGUAUGGGCUGACUUGUGCAAACAAUAAAAUUGACCGUCCACAUAUCUUCCUCACAGUUAAAAAAGACUGGAACAAUGACGAUGUACUACGUGACCUUAAGGAAAAAUUUAACUGUGAGAACCCGAGAAAAUAUUUUGAGCUCCUUCAAGAACCUGACAGAAAACCGAAAGUCAAAUUCUUGGGUCAACAUCAGAACGGAUCGUCAGUCGAGGCGGAGUCAUCAAUGCCUGUCUCAUCCACCCAACCGGUGGCACCUGGUUGUGGUGUAUUUUCUUGCACUAGUCGUAGUGAUACCUUUCGAAACCCAAUGCGAAUCCCCGAGGAAAACGAAGAUAUCCCCAAAAUCCAGGGAACUGGAACGUUAACCAUAUUUUGCUACAAAAAUGGAAAACAUUAUGCACUUACCUGUUUUCAUGUUGGUUGUGCAAAUGAUGAAAACCGUUUAAACGCUUCAAUUAAUAAAAAAGAUAACAUUUUAAAGAUCCGCCAUUCAGUUACGGACUAUGCUACGUAUGCCGAGAAACAGAACUAUUGUUUUCAAGAAUCUCCUGUAGAGGACAACAACGAAUCUAUCUCGUAUGGUGACGAUGGAAGCAAGUACAAAUGCCUUGGUGAUUUUGACAAUUAUCAUUUUGAUGAUCAAUGUGAUAUCAUGUCCCUAAAAAUUUCUGAUGACAUUGAAAUUAAUUGCAAAGUAGCGGAUGUAACUCCUCCGGACUGGGAUGAAACAUGGAAUGAACUGUAUGAGAGGGUUAAUGAAAACCCGGGUCAAAAUCCAGUGGAAGUAAAGAAAGUCGGUUUUAAGUCGAAUUUAACUCAAGGGCAUAUUUUUAAAACUGAUUUUGCUUACGAAGGAGAUGAAGGAGAUGUUUCAUUCUAUGAUGCAACCGUUGUUAAGGAUUUAGAACAUUCCGGUCCAUUCUUGGAAGGCGGAGAUUCAGGUUCUGCUGUUUUCUUUCAUGACAGGGAUAAUCAGAAAAAGGUUUUUGCCUAUGGUGUUUUUCAAAUGGAUGAGCUUCACUUACCAGAACAACACGAACCAAGGAACUCAACGGGGCCAUACUAUAUUUGUUAUAAUUUGGAAACUGCUUUGGAAACACUCGGAUUUAAGGAGGAAGCAUGUUUUAGCGUUUGCACGCAUGACCUGGAAAAAGCUAAGGAUUGUAAUGAGCGGACACUGGAAAUUCAAAAAGAACAAUUAGGUCCAAACCAUGUUGAUGUUGCUGACUCAAACGACAACCUUGGUGAAGUAUGCCAAGAUGCAGGUGACCUGGAAAAAGCUAAAAAUUACUAUGAACAGACACUGGAAAUUCGAAAAGAACAAUUUGGUCUAAGCCAUGUUGAUGUUGCUGACUCGUACAACAAGCUUGGUAAAGUAUGCCAAGAUGCAGGUGACCUGGGAAAAGCUAAGGUUUGUUAUGAGCAGGCAUUGGAAAUUCGAAAAGACCAGUUAGGUCCAAACCAUGUUGAUGUUACCAACUCAAACGCCAACCUUGGUAGAUUGUGCCAAGAUGCAGGUGACCUGGAAAUAGCUAAGGAUUGUUAAUUGUUAUGAGCGGGCACUGGAAAUUCGAAAAGAACAAUUAGGUCGAAACCAUGUUGAUGUUGCAGGUGAACUGGAACAUUCUGGGACUGGAGUUUUUUGUUGUCGCAACAACAUAUGUAUAAUUUCCUGAUGCUGGUGAAAUGAAAUGUAACAAACAAUCUCGGACGGUAUUAAUUUUUAAAUAACCGAAAGAAAGCAAGAACAUGCUGUCUUUAUCUGAACAUGUAAACACCCAGGUGGAAUCAGGCGGUGUUCGGAUUGGAAUCGCAAAGCAUUCUCGUCAUAGCUUUUUUCGAUAUGAUUAAUAAUAUAACUGAGUUAAUUUAACUGUUUCUCGUUUAACAUUUUACUUUUUCUGCUGGCAACCUUAAAAAGAUGGAACGAUUGUUUGUGGUAGGAUAGUAUGUUUGUGUAACUGAAAUAAGGUCAGGAAUAUAAUCUCUUCAAAUAUUUGGCCCUGAAUAUACAUCGGUGAAUCUGCGUUAUAAUCUUUUUUUGAAACUCUUUGUGAGUAAGGCCAUUUCGUUGUUUUUGGUAUUAUACUUGUUUAAAUGUGAUUCUCUCUGCAAAUGUUAGC